AUGACUAAUACAUAUUUUCAUCGUUUUGCCUUAUCGGACUUACCAGAAACUAUUCGUUAUUUAAGAAUUUGUGCAAUUGGGCGUCAGGUGCCGGAUGAUGACACUAGUUUUAAAUUCCAGUGUGCUGUUCAUGGGUUUUUGAAAGAAAAUAAAGAUAAUGACAGACUUAUUGGUGUCCACUGUACCCAUGGUUUAAACAGGACUGGCUACCUCAUCUGCAGAUAUUUGAUUGAUGUAGAAGGCAUGUGGCCAGAUGAUGCAAUUGAAUUAUUCAAUAGGAGCCGUGGACAUUGCUUAGAAAGACAAAACUACAUUGAAGACCUUCGGAAUGGUCCCAUCAGAAAGAAUCGGGAUUCCAGUGUAUCCAGAACAAGUGGUUUUGAAGACUCAGAGCAUAUGAUGGAACCAGUUCACACAGCCAAUAAGUCUGUUUACCAAGGACCGAAGUAUAACCUACAUCAGACCCCAGGUUACCCAACAUCUCGGCAUUUCCAUACCCAGACCCAAGAUUUGCAGCAAUCAGAAAGAAAAUUUUCACAGAAUCAGAACAUUUACCGUAGAGGCCAUAUUCCUCCUCCUGGUCCCCACGGAGAGGACUGUUUACACAGGAGGUACUCUUGGAAUGUAAAGCCAAAUGCCAGUCAAGCAGCGCAGAACAGAAGGUGGUAUCCUGGCAGUUACUACAGACUACCCUAUCCGACCUAUUAUAGAUGGACCAAGUGACACAAGCCUACCGUGGAAAUCUAUCUGGAGACAGAACAGGACUGAAGACAGCCAGAGUGACUUUUUAUAAGAUCAGGUCAAAUGAGGUUUAUAAUCUAUUUUAGUGCUCCCUUAUGUGUUCGAGCUUAAGGAAAAAUUAUAUUGAUACUUAGCUCCGCUGAUAAAUUUGAGGUAUUUACAACAGUGAAGGAAAUAGUCUGUCAUUCCAGUCUUAAAUUCUUUUAAAAGAGGAUGA